CAGCAGGUCGGUGGAGUGUAGUCAAACAAAAAGUCAAAGAAAAAGUCGAAGAAAAAAUUAACAAAAAACAAAAACUAAAACUAUAAAAAAAGCGGAACAUAGCGUUUUAGGCCCCACCCCACCCCGAAAACGAUUCGAUUCUAUAUGCGCGCAAACAGAACAAAUUUCAAGUGGAACAUUUGGAGGGUCCUGUCGGGAGGACAGUAUGCCAAAUUCAAGUGAGAUGAAGAGCACGAAGGAGCACCUGAGGAAAUGCCGGGGCUACCAGCGCAGCCUGCGCGAACACAUCGACGCGCUGGACCACUUUAUGGACGACGACUUCUUUAAGAAUCCCAGGCGCUGUUGGGACCUGCUGCAGAAGGAGCACCAGGAGCAAUACUCGUCGCAGUACCUUGUGCCGGCGGAGCGCUCUGGGCAGCUCCUCCUACAGGAAGGUGGCCUAGAGCCCAGCAAUGGGAAACGCCGAAAGUUUGCUGGAACCAUUUGGCGGCUGCUUCAUCCCGAUCGUCAUGGCGAUCCCAGACAUAACAACAACAGGAGUCGAGCUGGAUCUGCGAUGGGCAAGCGGUCAGACCCCAUACGUCCGGUCCCUGCUCCGCGUCCAUCGUCAGUGAAUAUUUUCUCUUAGCUCAGCCCCCAGCCCUUGAGAGGGAGGAUUGCCGAUUGGUGUUAGAGGUGGAUCCGCAUGCUAAAUGGUCUUCCAAACGGAAGAGCAGAGUCCAAGAGUCCAAGAGUCCAGGAGUUCAGUCCAGUUGAGUUGAGUUCCCCCUACAGCCUACAGCCGGAGUUACCCGAAGUCAGCCGGGAUCCAUUCUGCUCUCGCUAUUGUUAUUGUGUUAUGUAUAAGUUAAUAAUAUGGCGGAAGGCCUUUUGCCUUUGUCGUGGCCCAAACAAGGCACGGCCGACGCUUA